AUGGGGAAAUCGGUAUCAGUGGAACCUCGGCUGGGAUGCAGCGAUGGAAAAGCUAUUGCAGCAGGAUGUGAGCGGGGCUCCCCUGAGAGGCUAAGUGGCAUCAAAACCGGCUUCGCCGACCUCAACCCUCCACCCAUUUCCAAUUGGUUGCCUGGCCGAGGUGUUCCUCUUCCGUCAUCCAGUGGCAGCCAGAGAAGAAAACAGAUAGUUUUACAGGUGAACAUGUCGAGUCUGGAACAUGAGAUCGAAGGUCGUCUUAAACUUUCAAGGCAGUUCAUCCAUCCAUCCAUCCAUCCAUCCAUUCUCCUCCGCUUAUCCGGGGUCGGGUCGCGGGGGCAGCAGCCGGAGCAGGGAAAUCCAGACUUCCCUCUCCCCGGCCACUUCGGCCAGCUCCUCCGGGGGGAUCCCGAGGCGUUCCCAGGCCAGCCGGGACACAUAGUCCCUCCAGCGGGUCCUGGGUCUUCCUCUGGGCCUUCUCCCGGUGGGACGAGCCCGGAACACCUCCCCAGGGAGGCGACCAGGAGGCAUCCUGAACAGAUGCCCGAGCCACCUCAACUGGCUCCUCUCCACGUGGAGGAGCAGCGGCUCUACUCCGAGCCCCUCCCGGAUGGCCGAGCUUCUCACCCUAUCUCUAAGGGAGAGCCCCGCCACCCUGCGGAGGAAACUCAUUUCGGCCGCUUGUAUCCGCGAUCUCGUUCUUUCGGUCACUACCCAAAGCUCGUGACCAUAGACGAGGGUUUUACAUCAAGCCCAGCAAAUGACAGAGAGAUGGGGCAGCAGCUGUCCCAGAAAGAGGAACCAGAGUCCAUAAAACACUCCUCCUGCAGUGGAAUGCAGCACUUCCCCACAGAAGCUGGCAUUUCAGUUAAUGCUGUGCCGGGGCCGGGCCGAAGGUUUACUGUCCAGCUGAUUUUGAAUGAGUGCAUAGGGAGAAACAUCGAGCAGUUAGUGUACCGUGGAAGUGUCAGCUCUGCAGCAUUGAACUCAUCGCUGGAAUUUGGUGCUGAAGACUAA